AUGAAGACUUCGCCGAAUAGACUUUGUCAGUAUCUGCUUCAGUCGAAACGAAAGCGUUUAUGGUUUUUCCACAACAGAGAAAAAGCAUUUUCCUCUCUCUCUCUCUCUCUCUCUCUCUCUCUCUCUCUCUCUCUCUCUCUGUCUUUCAGAAGGACGCUUGUCUUACUUUUCCUUCAAUCGAAUGUGCUGUUCUUUAACAUUAUCCUUUUCUCUCUUUCUUUCUUCAAUUAUUAUUUCUCUUUUAUUUCUUUACUUUACUACACAUCUUUUCACCAAUCUCUAUCUUUUCUUUCUUUCUCUUUUUCAUUUAACCAAUUUUUAUUCCUUCUUUUUAAUUUUUUAAUUUCUUUUCUUUUUAUCUUUAUCAUAUUUAUCUUUCCUUUAUUAUGUUUUUCUCUGUUCUUACAUUCCCUCUAUCUCUCUCUUCCUCUUUCUCUCUCUCUCUCUCUCACGAUUUCCUUAUUCAUAUAUUUUCUCCUUCUUUGUUUCUCUCUUUAUUUUCUUUUCAUAUUUGUUUAUAUCUUUUUGCUCCUUCUUUUUUCCUUCACAUUCAUUAUUCAUGUCCAGGAUGACGUAUUGUCUUCUUGCCUUUUUCUUCUUUUCUCCCCUCUUUUCUUUAUUUACCAGUUAUUCUUUUCUUUCUCUCCCACCCUUACUUUUAUUCACCUUACUCCAUUAUUCUACUCCAUUUUUCUAUUUUUCUUCCUUUACAUUUUCUUUCUUUCCAACCCUAAAAUACAGACGCUUUUUCUUAAAUUUGAAGAUAAAUAG